AGUUUGUUGAUAAACAAAUCUGAUUCACGGUCGUUGUUUUCACCGUUUCACGACGCUUUUCAUUCCAGUUUGUUGUUUUGUUGAGCAUCAUACAUAUUUUUAGCGUGAAUUCGUGAUUCUCGUUUUCUAAUUUCGUUGGUACCAGAAAUUAACCGACGAGGCAACAUGGCGGAUAUGUUCAGUAACAAUUUGGAUAAGAUUUUCGAGAGUAUCAACAGUACUAUGCGAAUCGCCAACGAAUACGGCACUCCUGAACAGCAGAAUAUCAAGGUCUACAGUGCCCUUACGGAAAAGUUGGUUGAAAUUGAACAAAACUUCAACAAACACAACAAAGCUCUGCAAGAGUCAUCUAAGGAAAUCACACUUGAAGAGUUCGACCGAAGAUACCAAUCAAGUCUGACUGCCGGCAAAAGCAAUGUAAAGCAACUCAAACGCUACAAAGAUUACAUCGCACAUGCGCGAUCCAUACUGAGCUCCCAAGACCAAGAUGAUUCCAAUGAUUCUCGUUCGGACGAGGACGAGGAAAUGGUGCAAAUGGAUGAAGCUAUCAUCGAUACCGACCCAAUCACGAAGCGUCCUCUGGAAGUGCCGGUGCGAAACAUAAGAUGUAAUCACGUGUACGAAAAGAGCGCCAUCGAACAGAUGAUCAAGACAAAUCCACGAACAAGAUGCCCUGUGAUGGGUUGCGCCGCUGCUCAGUUCGUAACUCUGGCGGAUUUGCAGGAGGACGAAAAGCUCCGACAGAAACUGAAGAUGCAACGUAGGACGAAAAAUAAGUAAGAUCGCGUUAAUAAUGACCUGCGAAUCAAACGAAUUUCAUUCUUUACUGCUGAUCGACUUUGGUCAUACCUACCGAUCAUUUGUACCUAAUUUGCUGUAGUAA